AUGUCUGGCAAGGGUGGAAAAUCUGGUGCUAAGGGCGGCAAGGCCGGCUCCUCCGAGGCCAAAACUCAAUCCCGCUCGGCCAAGGCCGGUCUCCAGUUCCCUGUCGGUCGUAUCCACAGGAUGUUGAAGAAGGGUAAUUACGCUCAACGUGUCGGUGCUGGUGCACCUGUUUAUCUGGCUGCUGUGCUCGAGUACCUUGCCGCUGAAAUCCUCGAAUUGGCUGGCAAUGCUGCUCGCGAUAACAAAAAGGCGCGUAUUGUGCCUCGCCACUUGCAACUCGCUAUCAAGAACGAUGAGGAAUUAAACAAGCUCUUGGGUCACGUUAUUAUCAGCCAGGGUGGUGUUGUUCCUUACAUUCCUCCCGAGCUCCUCCCCAACAAGACUACCAAGCCCGGCGACAAGAAAGGAGUUCCAGGCCAGUCUCAGGACCUCUAA